AUGCCGUCACCACUCUGCUGGUACGGGCCGUCUAGCGGCCGGCCGCUGCGUCUGAAUGUGCUGUGCAGGGCGGCAGCUGGAUCUGUCCGAGCUCCGUUUCACACCAGCCGCCAUCCGCUCUACCCCAGCAAUCAAAGCGCCCAGCACUACAGUUGCAAUCGCAGCGCAGCCAACCGCAGCAACUGCCGCAUGUAUUAUUACUGCAACCACCACUCCAGCACCACCGGCCAACCGUACCGCCAACACCAUUACGACUUUAGCCAGGCACUGAGGCCACCUCAACCACAUCAAUCUUCGUCGCAGCGUCGCGUGUUCCAGACCUCAUCGUCGACUGCGCUUCCGACCAUCUUUCCUUCCUCUACGUCAGCCACGUUCACAUUAACAUCACGCGCCAGCCGACCUCCGCUGUCACCAUCACAUCUGCCAGCGCCCAGAUCUCCGUCGCUUUCCACGCUCCGCCGUCCAUUGGCACCGUCUUCGUCAUCAGCGUCCUUAUCGUCAUCACCAUCAUAUUCUUCUUCGUCGUCGUCGUCGUCGUCGUCUUCCGAAACAUUGGCACAAUUUACACCUUCUUUGUCUCGAAAACAACGGCGCAAAUUCGCCCGCUGGCUGCCGGCCCUCAUGGCUAUCCAGGCACGGUCAAAAAGCGACGACUCGCACUCGCACGCUGCAUCCAACGCAAAGGACGGCGACAACGGCCACAGCCAUGACCACGCCCACGCCCACUCGCACGGCCUUUUCGGCGGCCACCAUCACCACCACGACAAUGCCUACCUCACGUCCCAGAACAAGAACGAUGCCGGCGUCCGCAUCACCCGCAUUGGCCUCUACUGCAACCUGGGCAUGGCCCUAGCCAAGGGCGCUGGCGGCUACUACUUCAACUCGCAGUCCAUGGUCGCCGAUGCCUGGCACAGCUUGACCGACCUGGCGUCGGACAUUUUGACGCUUGCCACGGUCUCGUGGAGCUUGCGUCCACCGACGGCGAAGUUCCCCACGGGCUUCGGCAAGGUGGAGAGCCUGGGGUCGCUGGGCGUGUCGAGCAUGCUACUCGGCGGCGGCAUUUUCAUGUGCAUGAGCAGUCUACAGAUCCUGUACGCGCAUUUCUUUUUGGAUGCAGCAGCUGCCGCCGAGGUCAUGGCCCACGGCCACGGCCACGGCCACGGCCACAGCCAUGGGCAUGACGGCCCAAGCCUACACGCAGCCUGGCUGGCGCUGGGCACCGUGCUUGUCAAGGAGUGGCUCUACCGAGCGACUAUGAAGGUUGCCCGUGAACGCAAAUCGUCGGUCCUUGCAUCCAAUGCCGUGCACCACCGCGUCGACAGUUUGACAGGCAUCGUGACUCUCCUGGCGAUUCUCGGCGCCAACCUCAUCCACGACGCGUCGUGGCUCGACCCCGUCGGCGGCCUCUUCAUCUCGCUGCUGGUCAUCCGCGCCGGCUGGGAAAACACGGCCGCCGCGCUCUACGAGCUGGCCGACCGCAGCAUCGACGACGACGUGAAGCGGUCCGUGCGCAAGAGCGUCACCAAGGCGCUCGACGGCGGUGCCCUGCUGGCCAAUGGGCAGCAGCAUCUGGCGGAGCUGCGCGACGUGUCGGGCGUCAAGUCGGGCCAGAACUACCUGGUGGACCUGGAGCUCGCGGUGCCGGGCGACUGGACGGUCGAGGAUGUGCGGUCGAUUGAGGAUGCUGUGCGCACACGGGUGGGCAGCUCGGUGCGCGGCGUGCGGCGGGUGCACGUGCGGUUUGUGAGGCUGGACGAGACGGUCGAGAAGUUUGACGAGUUUAUCUCGGGCGACAUCAGCCCACGGUCGAGCCCCGAGCCCGAAGACGACGACCACGACCACGAUCAUGACCAGAACGGGAAGCCACACAAACACUGA